AACGCCUUCCAUUAAAGCAAGGUGGCGCAGACAUUUGAUAGAAGCUUCGAAACAAACCAAGUCAUAUGUCGAAAAACAAAGCAGCAGGGUACAGGGGUGUUUCCACUUACCAGAAGAGAAGAGAAGGAGAUGUGAGGAGUUGUGUGCGCUUCAGAUGUAGCCUGACCAACACAAUCCUGACUGUUCUUCGCCAAAGACCAGGCUGGGUUGAGGUUAAAGAGGAUGGAGAAUGGGACUUCAACUGGUGUGAGGUUGGGUGGCUCAGAGAGAACUUUGACCGUGCUUACAUGGAGGAGCAUGUUCGAAUCUGUCACUUCCGAAACCACUAUGAGCUGACACGCAAGAACCUGAUGGUGAAGAAUUUAAAGCGCUAUAGAAAAACAGUUGAGCGUGAAGCUGGACAAAUUGAGGCAGCUAAAUGUGACUUUUUUCCACGUACUUUUGAAUUACCUAAUGAUUACCACCUUUUUGUUGAGGAGUUUAAAAGAAGUCCAGGAAACAUCUGGAUUAUGAAGCCUGUGGCUCGCUCGCAGGGGAAGGGGAUUUUUCUUUUUCGAAAACUAAAGGAUAUCAUUGAAUGGAGAAAAGACAGAAUUCGCUCUGAGGAACAAAAAGAUGAAGCUCAGGUUGAGACCCACGUGGCCCAACGUUACAUUGAGAACCCCUAUCUCAUUAAUGGCAGAAAAUUUGACCUCAGAAUCUACGUUCUUGUAACAUCAUAUCUUCCACUCAAGGCUUGGCUGUAUAGAGAUGGCUUUGCCAGAUUCUCCAACACCAGAUUCUCCCUCAGCAGUAUUGAUGAUCAUUAUGUCCAUCUCACUAAUGUGGCGAUACAGAAAACAGCCCCAGACUAUGAUCCUGAGAAGGGUUGCAAAUGGCAGAUGCAACAGUUGCGACGUUACUUGACUGCAAAACACGGCAGAGAGACAGUGGAGGCUCUUUUUAAGAACAUCGACAACAUCUUUAUCCGCAGCUUACAGAGUGUACAGAAGGUCAUCAUCAAUGACAAGCAUUGUUUUGAGCUGUACGGAUAUGACAUUUUGCUGGACCGGGAUCUUAAGCCGUGGCUGAUUGAGGUGAAUGCGUCCCCUUCUCUCACUGCCAGCAGUCAAGAGGAUUAUGAACUGAAGUACAGACUGCUGGAGGACACUUUGCAUGUUGUGGACAUGGAAGGCUGUCUCAAUGGCAGUGAGAAGCAGGUUGGGGGCUUUGACCUCAUGUGGAAUGAUGGCCCAGUCUACAGGGAAGACGUGAGCUUGGAUUCUCUGGGAAGCAUCUGCCAAAUAACUAACACACAUCUAGGCUGUGUGAAUGAUCGGAACAAACAGUUGCAACAGCUCUUGAAGCCACUUCGAAGACAGACUGACAGACAGACAGAAAAAUAGAUGGACGGACGGACGGACGGACGGACGGACGGACGGACGGACGGACAGACAGACAGACAGACAGACAGACAGACAGACAGACAGAUAGAUAGAUAGAUAGAUAGAGCUUUAUUGUCAUUGCAUUUUACAGAUAACACUGCAAUGAAAUACAGAUUAGAAGAAGUGCAAAUAACAGCAUUGUGCAAAGCUACAAGUGCAGAUAAAUAUGUGAAUAUAUGUACAGCGAAUAAAUAUAAAGACUAUUAGCAAAGAAAAUGUGCAGAAGAUGUUGAUCAAGAAUACAUAUAUUACACUAAGAAUACAUAUAUUACACUAAGAAUACAUAUACAGUAUGUAUAAAAUAUAUAUAUAUAAUAUGUAUGUACCAUUAAGGUACAUUAAGGUAUCAUUAAAAUGUUGAUUUAUUGUAGUAAUUCGGUACAAAAAAUGAAACUCGUAAAUUAUAUAGAUUUAUCACACAGACUAUUUCAAGUUUUUAUUUCUUUACAUUUUGAUGAUUAUGGCAGAAGAGAUGAAGGCCGCUAUCAGAGCAACCUGGAAUUUCCAUAACACGCCAGCAGCGUCACAGAUUGAUCGCCUCACAUGCAGUAAUUCAUGCAUCGGGAGCCCCAACUGAGUAUUGGGUUCUGUAUAUGUUCAUACUUUUCAGUAGUCCAACAUUUCUGUUUUUAAAAUCUUUUCUUUUAUUUUUUUUUAUUAAUGAAAUAAUUUUAUACUGAGAUACUGAAUUUUGUAUUGUCUUGAUAUUCAUUAGCUAUAAUCAUCAAAAUUAAAAGAAAUAAACACUUGAAAUAUAUC